AGAGAGGAGCGAAAGUGUUGGAGGAGAGAAAGAGCCGAGCCGAGGCUGCCGGCUACAUCCAAGCUGCCAUGAUAGUCACACCUCUGUGCAGGAUAGCAUCAUCACAGAUGGCUGAGGCUGAACUUCACAAGGAGAGGCUCCAAGCCCUUGCAGAGAAAAGGAAAAGACAGUCAGAAAUAGAGGACAAAAGGAGACAGCUGGACGAUCUGGUGCUGCAGCUUCAACAUCUCAAGUCUAAAGCCAUGAGAGAGCGCUGGCUCCUACAAGGCACGACCCCUGGAACUAACGACGAAGACGAUGGACGAAGACAACAGCUGGAGAAAGACGAAGAGCAGGGGAAGAGACUGGAGGACACUAUUCACAG